AAUAACGCCUGUACUGGGUCAAUAUCAGCAGCACAGAGAAGCAUAAAGCACGAGACUUGAAUGCUCCAGCUAAAAUGAACACAGAUGGAAGAUAAGCAGCUGAAGGGCAAUGCAGACCUGUAGUUUGCUUUUUGAUAUCUGUUUCCUCUUGUACAAACCAAGCCACUGCCAAAACUAACCAGCACACACACUCACUCAUUCAUUUCGCAUUUGCUCCCCGUGACUGACUGACUGACUGAUUGACUGGUACUCGGCAUGACAUGCACAUAAACCGUCCGGUCAUUUUCAUGGGGCUCCUACGGAUCAUGAUGCCGCCCAAGUUUCAGCUCCUGGCUGUGCUUGCUUUCGGAGUGGCCGUGCUAUUCAUCGAGAACCAGAUUCGGAAACUGGAGGAGUCUCGGGAAAAGCUGGAGCGCACAAUAGCCAGACAUGAGGUGCGUGAGGUGGAGCAGAGACAGACACACGACGUGGUCAAAGACUGGCCAGCACUGGCUGAGAGUGAUGAUCAGGUCAUCAUCUACAACCGUGUACCCAAAACGGCCAGCACAUCCUUCACCAACAUCGCCUAUGAUUUGUGCGGAAAGAACCGCUUCCAUGUCCUACACAUCAACACCACCAAGAACAACCCCGUCAUGUCUCUGCAGGACCAGGUGAGGUUUGUGAAGAAUGUGACGACCUGGAAGGAGAUGAAGCCAGGCUUUUACCAUGGCCAUGUAGCCUAUCUGGACUUCUCCAAGUUCGGUGUGAGGGGGAAGCCCAUCUAUGUCAAUGUGGUGCGGGACCCCAUUGAGCGGCUGGUGUCUUACUACUACUUCCUGCGCUUCGGAGACGACUACAGGCCCGGCCUCAGAAGAAGAAAACAGGGAGACAAGAAGACUUUCGAUGAAUGUGUGUCGUCGGGGGGAUCUGACUGCGCUCCUGAGAAACUCUGGCUGCAGAUCCCAUUUUUCUGCGGCCAUUAUUCAGAGUGCUGGAACGUGGGCAGUCGCUGGGCUCUGGAGCAAGCUAAGUAUAACCUGGUGAAUGAGUAUCUGCUGGUGGGUGUGACGGAGGAGCUGGAGGACUUUAUCAUGAUGCUGGAGGCAGCGCUGCCAAGAUUCUUCAGAGGAGCCACUGAACUCUACCGAACAGGUAAGAAGUCCCAUCUGAGGAAGACGAGCGAGAAGAAGCCUCCCACUAAAGAGUCCAUCACCAAGCUGCAGCAGUCGGACAUAUGGAAGAUGGAGAACGAGUUUUAUGAGUUCGCUCUGGAGCAGUUCCAGUUCGUCCGAGCUCACGGCGUCCGGGAAAAGGACGGAGAACUGUACGUGCUGGCUCAGAACUUCUUUUAUGAGAAGAUCUACCCAAAGGUGAACUGAAGUCGGCAUUCACAAGGACAGCUGAGAGCACAGCUCCCUGAAGUGUGCUCUUUGCCCUUUGGCCUCUGUAUUUUCUGUCUUACACACUGGGAAGAGAGGAGAAUGACUCGAGGAGAACCUGCAGUGUGGGACUGUAAACGUGUAGAGGCCAGCUGUGCCGAGAGAAAAGCUCAAUGAUGUGUGAAUAGAAGCCCGUUUAGAGCCUCUGGGGUGGUUGGUUUUGACCUGUUCUGUCUCAAUAUAGCAGCUGCCUACUGUAUAUACGAGAUAGAGGGGUUUAAGAUGUCCCCUGAUUUAAGCUUGCAUUGGGCCCUAAGGAGCACAUUGACUCCCUACAGUGAUGACUACAGGAACUCAGUUAGUUUUCUUUCUGACUUUGACAGCUGGGACAACUUUAUCACACAUUUAAAUAAAGUUAACUGUUAAAAUGACGUAUUUCACAAUUUCAAAACAACAGAUAGGACACAUUAUGAGUUAUAAUUUUGAAAGGGAAGCAACAGGGUGAAAAAGGGGACUACUUUUUUGUACCAGAAAGCGGUGCAUUAAAAGCACCUUUUCAUUUUACUACAGUGUUGUUCUUGAGCGUUCUUAGCUUUUUUUCUUCUGCAUUGUGCAUAUUUGUUUUCUUUUUUAUGAUAGGAUGCCAUGUACAGUGUUUACAGACUUUAGUAAAGAAAAAAACAAAGUAUUAUAGCUCAGAUGAAAAAUGGUCAAAUAGAAUUCAGAUGUACAUAUUGUAUUUACACAAACCUAUUUUAUGUAAUCAGACCAAAUGGUUAUAAGGUGAUCAAAAUCGUAGAAGUUGACCGUUAGCAUUAGCGUGUACAGACACUAAAGUUUGUAUCUUUCAGUAAAAAAAGAAAACAUUUCAGAAGUAUUGCCUUUGGCAUUCAUAUAUUUGUAGGUUUUUUUUUUGUUGGUUUGUUUUUCAUUAUGGUUGUAAGGCGGAAUAUUCCACUGGACCACUAAGGUGAAUAUCAUCCAAUACAAUCCAGUGAGAUUCCUCUUAAUGUAGGACACUGAGACACAACUGCCUUUACUCUUAUGGCAAGGAGCUCAUGGAUACUAGGAGUGUAGGAGGAGAUCUGCUGGACUACUGAUAAUGUUCAUGCUAAUGUGAUUUUGGAAACCCAGGCCAUGGAUGGUGAUUUUGUUGGCUCCUUCACUGAAAAAUCUACCAUUUCUCAGUGGUUUUGGAUGGACUGUAUUUGUCCCUUCUGUAAGCCUCUAAAUGAGGACCCUGGAAAAGGAGAUUGUGAUGUCAUUGACAGAAUCUACUGGAAUAGCCAUCGGAAUUCAUCUGGAAUCGUCUGUCUCCCUGUAUGUGACAUGCACACUCAACUCCACAUCAGCUCCACACUCAAUAGUGCCUUCAUAGCCGAACAUUCAACAUUCGUUAUCCAAAUGGUGCAAAACGUCUGACUUUUCUAGUCUGUUUUUCAGCUGCCAGCUUUCUUUUCGGUUGUUAUUGGUUAUUGUCCCACUUGUUUUCUUGGUCCAAAUGGUCUUUAAUGCAUUUCAAAUAAAUGUUGAAAUGUCAUUGAUGUGAUGUCUGUGAAUAUCUUUCUUAUUUGCUUUUUGUACACUGCCCAAAACAACUCUAAACAACCACC